CUGUUAAAUAUAAAUUACCAGCAUAUUUCAAUAUCACGACACUGGUCAUCCACUAUUUGGUUACCAUGGGAGGAUGAACUAUUAUCAAAUUAUGUAAAACACAAUGGCAAAAAAUGGAAUGUGUUUGUUCAACAUUGUUUGCCCACCAAGACACCGAAACAAUGUCAAAUGCGUUGGACUGAUACCCUUGAUCCUGAUAAAAAGCGAGGACCGUUUAAUGAAGUAGAGAAACAAAUACUAAUAGAAGCAGUCAACCAACGAGGGAAAGGUAACUGGAAAGUCAUCAGUCAACAUCACUUACCUCAUCGCUCUCCAAGACGAAUUGCAAAUGAAUGGAGUCGACUCAGUUCAACCUUGCAACACAAGGAAUGGACUCAAGAUGAAGACAAUCUUAUUCUCCAGGGUUUCAAGGAAUUUGGUAGAGCUUGGUCCAAGAUCGCCACUCAUUACUUACCUUGGCGUACCAAUUUACAAAUCUUUAACAGAUUUCAAUCUAGACUCAAUCCAGCCAUGAAAAUGGAUAAGUGGACAGAAGAGGAAUUAGAUCUUUUAUUAAGACGUACGAUUAUGUAUGGGCAGGACUGGAAGAAGGUGGCGGCAGGGAUCGAGGGUCGUACAGAAGCUCAAUGUAGGACUCUUUGGCAGACCGAGUUGGAUCCAAGUUUAAGAAAGGAACCCUGGUCUGAUCAAGAGCUAAGGUUGUUUUGGAUGCGUCUGUAUGAGUUUAAUGGUAGUCUUAUAAAGGCUUCAGAGGGGAUGCGAGGCAGAAGCCGGAUCUUAUGUUCUCGUAAAUUUUGGGAAAUAGUGUCGAACAAAGAAUUCAAUGUUCUGUAUGGUGAUAAGAUUAGGCGUGAUGAUCCUACUCAAGAUAAGAAUGCUUGGAGAGCGAAUGUGGCAAAAUGGGUACUUGAAUGGCUUGAUAUGCCUUUAAAUGGAUACAAGAUGUCGAACAAAUGCAACCGUACUCAACCAUGGGAAGAAGAUGAACUAAAGCGACUAGAAGCUUUAGUGAAUAAACAAAAAAUGGAUCAGAAAACACUUUGCGAAAAAGAUUGGGAAAGGAUAGAAAAGGAAUUUAAAGGAAGAGAUAAAGAUCAAUGCAAAUAUCAAUAUGAAGAAUAUAUAUUAAAAAGGGAUAUAAAAAGGGGAACAUGGACAAAGGAAGAAGAUGAGAUAUUAAUAAAGUUAGUAGAAGAAUAUGGAACUGACGGUUGGGAUUCGAUUAUAAAUCGUCAAAUGCUUCAACGUACUAAGCAGCAAUGCUCAUAUCGAUGGCAUAAUCAUUUAAAAUUUAGAGACAAUAUAUUAAAAGGAACACGAUUGACAGAUAAUGAAAAGAGGUUAAUUCAAGAAGGUGUUGAUAUGUUUGGACAUAACUGGAAAACGAUUCAGAUGAGUUAUUUACCUCAUCGUACACCACGACAGAUUAGUAAUUGGUGGAAGUCUGAAGAGAAAAGAAUUGAAUUCUCCUCGUUAACUGGGCAUAUUCAUAAACGAUGUUCAUGGUCAGAAGAAGAAGAUGAUAUAUUACGCUUUGCAGUUUCAAAAUAUAAUGGAACUCAAAUCUCUUGGGCUAAAGUAGCAAAACUGAUUGAAGGAAGAUCAGCAAAUCAAUGUGAAGAUAGAUGGAAAUGUACAUUACAACCAGAUAUAAAAAAGGGGAAAUGGACAUAUGAAGAAGAAAUGCAACUUAUAGAAAUAGUACAAAAAUAUAAAUCACAAAAAAAGACAUCAUUAUGGCAGUUAGUAGCUAAAGAAUUAGCUACAGGUCGUACUGACAAUUCAUGUCGAGCCAAAUAUGGAUCUAUGAAACGAAAAGGACAUCGCUUUAUA